AUGGACUUCCUCAAGUCUGCCGUUGCCUCGGCGAUCUCGAAAGGAAGCUCUCUUCCCUUUUCCCUCGGGGACCGUGUCGAUUCAAACGAGUCGUUAUGGACACUACACAAUGCGACCAAGCGGGAUGACGGCUCCAAUUGCAGCGUUUUUACCUUUGACGUCAACGCAAACAAAUCCCGCCUUCCCCUCGCCAAAAAUGCGAUGCGCAAGUUCCGGACAUUGAGACAUCCCGGCGUAAUACGAGUUCUGGAUACGAUCGAAACGGAAUCGCAUAUCUAUAUUGUUACUGAAAGAGUGACGCCUCUUUCCUGGGCGGUGAAGCGCAAGAGCAUUACGGAAGAGACAGCGAAAUGGGGUCUAUAUACUGUAGCUUCGACACUCAAGUUCAUCAACGCAGACGCUUCCUCCGUACACGGCGCUAUCCGAGUAUCUUCUAUAUACACAAGUGAAAGUGGGGAGUGGAGGUUAGGAGGAUUCGAUAUUUUGAGUUCCAUGAACGACGAUGAUGCAGUCAUCUAUACAUACGGCAGUCUGGUACCUGAUUCUGCACGCUACGCGCCACCCGAGAUCAACAAAGGAGGAUGGGAAAUCAUCAAGCGGAACCCGCUGGCUGCAGUAGACUCAUAUGGAUUGGGUAUUUUAGUAUUUGAAGUCUUCAAUGGCAGCUUUACAGGCCCCGAUCAGGUCGGAAAGACGACCAAUAUACCGCCGAGCAUGCACCAGAGCUAUCGAAGAUUAAGCGCUGCCAACCCUAAGUUGCGACUGAGUGCUGCCAAUUUUGUUGACCAAGGUAAAAAGAUCGGUGGUUUCUUUGAAACGCCUCUGAUUCGAUUAACCGACGAUAUUGAAAGUUUGGGAUUGAAGAAUGAUGAGGAACGGGAAGAGUUCCUCAAUGAACUCGAUUCCAUAUCUGAAGACUUCCCCGAAGACUUCUUCAAGAUGAAGAUACUGCCUGAACUCUUGAAAUCGGUAGAGUUUGGUGGUGGUGGUCCCAAAGCCCUCACUGCCGUCGUUAAAAUAGGAACUAAACUCACGGAUGAUGAAUAUUCGUCCCGAUUGACUCCAGUCAUCGUUCGAUUGUUUGCAAAUCCCGACCGGGCUAUCAGGGUUAGCUUGCUGGAUAAUCUUCCCUUGAUGAUUGAUCGUCUACCACAGAAGCUUGUCACUGACAAGAUCUUUCCACAAAUGACUUCUGGAUUCACGGAUGUUGCACCCGUUGUUCGAGAACAAACUGUCAAGGCAGUCUUGACGGUGAUUGGAAAGCUGUCUGAUAGAGUAAUUAACGGAGAGUUACUUCGGUUUUUGGCUCGUACUGCAAAUGAUGAGCAACCUGGUAUCCGAACAAACACGACGAUUUGUUUGGGAAAGAUUGCAAAGAACCUUUCGCCGGGUACCAGAUCAAAGGUGCUGGUAGCGGCAUUCUCGCGCUCAGUGCGCGAUCCUUUCGUGCACGCACGAAAUGCAGGAUUACUGGCUUUUGGAGCAACGAUAGAAUCGUUUUCAGAAGACGACUGCGCAAGUAAAAUCAUGCCAGCGUUGUGUCCUGCAUUACUUGAUAAAGAAAAGCUUGUUCGAGACCAGGCGAACAAAACCCUCGAUUUAUAUCUACAACGUGUGCGGAAACAUGGCAGUACCAUGGCUGACACAGUAUUACCACCACCGAAUGCUGUUGACCCGGCUGCACAGAACAAUCCUAAUGCCGCGCGAAUUGGGACUUCUAAUGAUACUUCAUGGGCCGGAUGGGCCAUCUCUUCAUUCACCAACAAACUAACCGCCGCGAAGGGCGAAAUAGAGCCUACGAGCGCCAAUAACGCACCUGCCGUUACUGAAUUAGCUCGACCUUCUUCCGUACCCCAACCUACAACGACUCCUAUGGCCGGACCCGUGAAAACAGCUUCAAGGUUACAGGUCGAGGCCCCUGCAUUAGUACGAGCUGCUUCAGACACAGCUGCGCAAACAGCAAUAGACACCCUAGAACCAUUAGACGAUGACGACUGGGGCGCCGACGCCUGGGACCAAGGCGACGAGGACGCAACAAAAGCCGAUGAAGAUCAAUUUUUCGAUGCUGGCAGCAGUCCAGCUCCAACAUCUCCAGCUACUACUUCAACGUCGGCAGUGCCCUACGAUGACGGCGGCGAACCGGAUUUUGCAGGUUGGCUGGCAGCACAGUCGAAAGCAAAGACUAAGAAACCGUUGCCGAAGGGAUUGAAUAGUAACAAGACAAGUGCAGCAAAACAGACACUCCCCGUUCGUUCGGCGCCUGUUUCGCGGUCCGCCUCGUCACGGCCAGCUGCUAAACCUGCAAAGAUUAUUGAUACGAAGCCUAAAGAUGAAGGUGAAGAAGAUGGUUGGGGAGAUGCGUGGUAA